GUCCUUUUGACCCUUGGCUUGACCAACGUCAUCGCAUGUGCAGGCAGCCCUGUGGAGCACUCAGCGAUGGAGCUUCCCGUUCGAGGUCGCCGUGAUUUUGUAAGUGGGCCGACUUUCGAGGUCCCGUCUUUCACUCGGCCUCGGCGCAUCUCCCCCGAGCUUACUGUACUCCGUCGCAACAACCGCCUCCGGUCCGUGCAACAUCAGCUUUCACCAACUCGUCCCAAGUCUUCCUCCAACACGCAAGACCGAAAAGACCGUCACAGCCCAUAUCAUGCUUCGUCCAGCAACCAGGCCAGCCCUCGUGGCCACCAGACAGGUCCGGCAAUGCGCCGCGCGCUUCUUCUCCUCCCCCGUCUCGCCUGAUACCAGCUCCUCGCAUGUCCACAGCCCCUCCACAACCCCCGAGACCAACCCAGCACCACCACCACCAAACUCCAGGUCGUCGACAAGUUCUUCCAAGGGUAAAAAACCCCUCACUGCCGAGCAGCGCGCCUUCCUCUCGUCCGCCCUCCGCGUAAACCAGGCCGGCGAGCUCGCCGCCACCCUCAUCUACACGGGCCAGACCCCGCCUCUCGUAACCCGGGACCCCUCGCUGCGCCCGCUCAUGAAGCACAUGUACGACCAAGAGGCGGCGCAUCUGCGCACCUUCAACGACCUGAUCUACCGCCACCGCGUACGGCCCACGGCGCUGUACCCGCUUUGGUCCGUCAUGGCCACGGGCUUGGGCUGGGGCACCGCCAUGCUGGGCAAGGAGGCAGCCAUGGCGUGCACCGAGGCGGUAGAGACGGAGAUUGGCGGCCAUUAUAAUGCCCAGAUCCGUAAGCUGCUGGAGAUGGUGAGCGAGUGGGAGGCUGAGGGGUAUGAGGUUGGCGCAGAGUUCAGGCAUCUGAUCAACACGUUGAGGAGGAUACGGGAUGAGGAGCUGGAGCACCUGGAUCAUGCGGUUGAACAUGAUGCGCAGAAGGCGGAGCCGCACUGGUUGUUGACGGGGGUGAUUAGGGCGGGGUGCAGAGGUGCCAUUUGGGUUAGUGAGAGGGUGUAAGAGGGGGGUUUUCUUUGGGGUCGGUACGUGAAGGGAAAAAAGUUAAUUUUGAAGGAGGAUUGUGUCGAUGAAGAUGAGAACGAAUUCAUGAGGGGACAGGAGCAUUAGCAUUAUGCUCUGCAAAGCACGGAUUACAAACCUGUCCGUUUGUACUAUUAGCUUAUUGGGAGGGUAGGCGACGAAGCGAAAGCACCGAUGUGCUGUUUCGACCAGUUCACUCAGUUCUUGAAGCACCUCGACAACAGCACUCAUUCACAAAUGGCCGCUUUCUCAAGGCAUCACUGCUAAGAGCAGAGGUGGCUCAUUUUGCUUUAGUGUGGAGUCCAUAUGAAAAUCAGCGCGUGGCGUGGGUAGCUUAGGUCACUAGGAGAGAAGAGGGUUCACUUCGAAUUGGUAUCUAGGUCACUCUUGUUCUUUGCGCGUCUUUCACAAAGAUAAGCAUGAGUUGGCAACACUGAUGGCUCGACUCAUGGGCUACAUCACAAGCUCAAUAUUGCUGAGGCUUUGG